AUUUGUCUCACAUGGGGUGUGGUGGGGGUUUGGGAUAGACGCAUAGAAUUUCCUAGACAGCAUACAUACUCAGCAGUGUUUAUCUCCUUGGCUUCCUUAUCAGUAUAUAGGCAUCUAGCCUGUGUGGAUGGCUGCCUGUCAAUAACAAUUGCUGGUACAGACUUACGGUUGCUUCUAAGGAGUAUAUUAAGGUGGGAGGAGAUGCUACCUGUAGAUGCAGUCAUCCUUUAAUUUUUUUUCCAUAAAGCAAGACUUCAUCAGUGACCAAAUAGCAGCUGAAGAAUAAGGAGCACAUUGUUGUGUUUGCCGUGUUUGUCCAGGAAAGUGUACAGUCAAAAGCACUUCUGCAGCAGCUGCUUCUUCAGCUGAUUUGUUACGGAUGGAUAAGCUUGACGGCUCUGCGCGCCUUGUGAUUGUCUCCGAUCUUGACCAGACGAUGAUCGAUCAUGACGAUCGAGAGAACUUGUCCUUGCUUAGGUUCGAGGCACUGUGGGAGGCUGAGUUCUCCCGAAAUUCUCUGCUGGUCUUCUCAACUGGAAGAACGCCGAUCAGUUACAAGGGCUUGCGGAAAGAGAAGCCUCUGAUCACACCAGACAUCACUAUUAUGUCUGUUGGAACUGUGAUCGCAUAUGGUGAAGAGAUGAUCCGUGAUGUUGGGUGGGAGGAAUAUUUGGACAACAGGUGGGACAGGAACAUUGUUGUUGAGGAGACAGCUAAGUUCUCUCAGCUAAAGCCUCAGCCAGAGAGGAAUCAAGGUCCCCAUAAGGUUAGCUUCUUCGUUGGUAAGCAGGGUGCUCAGGAAGUAAUGGAUUCUCUCCCUCAGAAGUUGGAGAAACGAGGGCUAGAUGUGAAAAUAGUCUACAGCAGUGGCAACGCCCUCGAUGUUUUACCACAAGAAUUAUUCAGUGUCCCAUCUGUACAUGGCGUCAUGGUCAGUAAUGCCCAAGAGGAGCUGCUUCAGUGGUACGAAGAAAAUGCAAAAAGUAAUCCUCAAAUAAUUUAUGCAACUGAGAGAUGUGCUGCUGGUAUCAUGCAAGCUAUAGGUCAUUUUAAACUAGGACCCAAUGUUUCUGCAAGAGAUCUCGAUUUCCCUUAUCCAAAGGCAGACACCAUCAAGCCUGCAGAAGUGGUGGUGAAGUUCUAUGUUCUCUAUGAGAAGUGGCGGAGGGGUGAGCUUCCAAAUUCUUCAUCAGUUAUGGAGUACUUGAAAAGCAUUACUCAUUUGAAUGGAACAAUUAUUCAUCCUUCUGGAUCAGAGUGUUCUCUUCAUGCAUCCAUUGAAGCUCUAAGUUCUUGCUAUGGUGACAAACAAGGCAACAAGUUCCGGGUAUGGGUGGAUAGACUAGUUACAUCACCAAUUGGUACAAGUAACUGGUUGGUGAGGUUUGAUAACUGGGAAAUAGAAGGUGGUGCUCGGCAUUGCUGCCGCACUACUCUGCUGCUGAACAUGAGGCCUGAGACUCUAGAGGGCUUGGAGCUGACACACAUUCACAAGACCUGGGUUGAAGGGCACUCUGCAGGGAGCGAGCGCACGUUCAUCUUGUAGGUCAAUUAGUCACUUGCAAAGUGCAAACAGGCAUAGCAUAUCUUUUUCUUCAAGAGUCCAAAUAGAAUCAGAAUGUAUUUCGAGAUACGCUCGAUGCUUGGUAAUUCCAUGUAAUGUACAAUAAAAGAUGUUCCAUGAUUCUGUCUUGUGAAGUCCAUGAGAUCCAAAAAUUAACUGAA